GAUUUAAAUGACAAAACCAAUGAAUUCAUGUUGAGUCCCAACAAACAACAACUGAAUCAGUUCACCAAGAAACUUAGGAAAUUGGAUGACACAAUAGAGUAUAAAUCUACAUGUUCUGAUGAGGAUAAUGAUUUUUAUGAAGAUGAUGAAAGUAGAGAAAUGAGUGAAUCGA